CUUCAUGUUUCCAGUUGCGGGUGGAAUAAGACCCCCUCAAGCAGGCCUGAUGCCGAUGCAACAACAAGGAUUUCCUAUGGUCUCUGUCAUGCAGCCUAAUAUGCAAGGCAUGAUAGGAAUGAAUUACAGCUCUCAAAUGUCCCAGGGACCUAUUGCUAUGCAGGCAGGGAUACCAAUGGGACCAAUGCCAACAGCAGGAAUGCCUUACCUGGGACAAGCGCAGUUCUUGGGGAUGCGCCCUCCGGGCCCACAAUACACUCCAGACAUGCAGAAGCAGUUUGCUGAAGAGCAGCAAAAACGAUUUGAACAACAGCAAAAGCUCUUAGAAGAAGAAAGAAAAAGGCGCCAGUUUGAAGAGCAGAAGCAAAAGCUCAGACUUCUGAGUAGUGUGAAACCCAAGACAGGAGAGAAGAGUAGAGAUGAUGCUUUGGAAGCCAUAAAAGGAAACUUAGAUGGAUUUUCCAGAGAUGCUAAGAUGCACCCAACUCCAGCAUCACACCCUAAGAAACCAGAUUAUCCCACAUCAUCUCAUUCUAAAACUGUCUCCCCAUCACCUGCCUUUCUUGAUGAAGAAGAAUUCAGUGACUUUAUGCAGGGGCCUGUUGAAGUUCCCACAUGUGGGCCUUCUUCCACUUCCCAGCCUUUUCAGUCUUUCCAUCCCACCACCCCACUUGGCCAGUUGCAUACACAGAAGGCUGGAGCACAGCCUCUCCCUCCAGGUCAGAUUCCAGUGUCUUUUGCCUUACAUGGUGUCCCUGGACAAAUUCCUUAUUUCUCUACUGCUUCAGCCUCAUACAAUGUACAGAGAGCAGGCCCUUCUUUGGAGGAGAAGCUCCUAGUAUCUUGUGAUAUAAAUACACCUGGGCAGGAACAAAUUAAAUUAAAUACUUCUGAAGUUGGGCACAGAGCCCAAGGCCCAGGUUCCAGUAGGAACCAUCCCAGUUUAACGGCCAGUAUCAGGGGUGCUGUGGAUGGACGUGUAAGUGGUACCACUACUGCAGAGGCAGAAAAGACUUCAGACCAAAACCUGCCCAUUGAAGAGAGUGGUGUGGGUGUAUUUCCCUCACAAGAUCCUGUUCAGCCCAGAAUGCCUCCUUGGAUUUACAAUGAGAGUUUGGUUCCAGAUGCCUAUAAGAAAAUCUUAGAAACCACAAUGACUCCAACUGGAAUAGAUACUGUAAAACUUUAUCCCAUUCUGAUGUCAUCUGGACUUCCCAGGGAAACUCUUGGACAGAUAUGGGCCUUAGCUAAUCGAACUACACCAGGCAAACUUACUAAAGAAGAACUUUAUACUGUUCUUGCCAUGAUAGCAGUAACACAGAGGGGUGUUCCUGCCAUGAGUCCUGAUGCUUUAAACCAGUUCCCAGCGGCUCCUGUUCCAACUUUAAGUGGCUUUCCUAUGACUUUGCCUACUGCAGUGAGUCAACCAACUGGAAUGCCUUCAGGCCAUGCAGGCUCCAUGCCCCUCAACCUUGGACAGCCAGUCAUGGGCAUUAACCUUGUUGGACCAGUAGGGGGAGCUGCAGCCCAGGCUUCCAGUGGCUUCAUGCCAACUUACUCUGCAAAUCAGGUGGUAAAACCAGAAGAAGACGACUUCCAAGAUUUUCAAGAUGCUUCCAAGUCAGGAUCCCUUGAUGACUCAUUCAGUGAUUUCCAAGAGUUGCCUGCGUCUUCAAAAACAAAUAAUUCCCAGCAUGGAAACAGUGCCCCUUUGUUGAUGCCACUUUCUGGAACUAAAGCAUCAGCCUCAAUGGAUAAAUAUGCUGUGUUUAAAGGAAUUGCAGCUGACAAGACCUCUGAAAAUACUGUUCCUUUUGGAGAGCCUGGUGAUAAAUACAGUGCUUUCAGAGAACUUGAACAGACAACAGAGAGUAAAUCUUCAGGAGAAAAUUUUGCAGAAUUCAGAUCUGCAGGGACUGAUGAUGGUUUCACCGAUUUUAAAACUGCCGGUAGUGUAUCACCAUUAGAGCCACCAACAAAAGACAAAACUUUUCCAGCAGCCUUCCCCUCAGGACCUGUACAACAAAAACAACAAACACAAGUGAAAAAUCCUCUGAACUUAGCAGAUUUAGAUAUGUUUUCCUCAGUUACUUGCAGCAGUGAGAAACCAUUGUCUUUUUCAGCUGCAUUUAGUGCAUCAAAAUCUGUUUCUACACGACCACAGGCAGGAUCUGCUGCAGCCACAGCAGCAUUGGCAUUAAAUAAAUCUUCUAGUUUGGCUGAUGAUUUUGGAGAAUUCAACCUUUUUGGGGAAUAUUCUAGUCCAGCAUCUGUUGGGGAGCAGGAUGACUUUGCAGAUUUUAUGGCUUUCAGUAAUAGCUCUAUUUCAUCUGAGCAAAAGGCAGAUGACAAAUAUGAUGCCCUCAAAGAGGAAACUAGUCCUGUUCCUCUAACUAGCAGCUCGAGCAAUACCGUGAAGAGUGGACAGAACUCAGCUGCUGUGUCUACCAAAUACGAUGUCUUCAAACAGCUUUCUCUGGAAGGAUCUGGACUAGGUGCUGAAGAACUGAAAGAGAACACUCCUUCAGGAAAAAGCGAUGAUGAUUUUGCUGACUUCCACUCCAGUAAAUUUUCUUCCAUAAACUCGGACAAAACCCUGGGAGAGAAAGCAGUGGCUUUCAGACACACUAAAGAAGACUCUGCCUCGGUGAAGUCCUUGGAUCUCCCUUCCAUUGGUGGCAGCAGUGUUGGCAAGGAGGACUCUGAAGAUGCACUCUCUGUUCAGUUUGACAUGAAACUGGCUGAUAUGGGAGGAGAUCUUAAGCAUGUCAUGUCUGAUAGCUCUUUGGAUUUACCAACAGUUAGUGGCCAGCAUCCUCCUGCUGCAGAUAUAGAGGACUUAAAAUAUGCUGCUUUUGGAACCUGCAGUAGCAAUUUUGCAGUGAGCACACUUACGAGCUCUGACUGGGCAGACAGGGAUGAUGCAUCUCAGGGCAGAAAAUUCUCUCCAUUUGUCCUCUCAGCAGGAAGCAGAUCCUCCUCAGCUGCCUCAGUUUUUCAAAAAAAAGAGACUUCAUUUGGCAGUUCUGAAAACAUCACCAUGACAUCUCUGUCCAAAGCCACACCCUUCGCAAGUGAAGAUGCUCUUCCAGAGACUACCUUCCCCACUUUUGCCAGUUUUAAAGAUGUGAUUCCUCAGACCAGUGAGCAAAAGGACUAUGAAAGCAGGGACUAUACAGAUUUCACAAGACAGGACCUGCCUACAGCUGAACGGAGCCAAGAGGCCCCGUGUCCAAGCCCCGCUUCCAGUAGCACUUCUCACGACACCCCCAAAGAAUGUUCCGAUGACUUUGGAGAGUUUCAAAGUGAAAAGCCCAAAAUCAGCAAAUUUGACUUCUUAGUGGCCAAUUCACAAAGCAAAAUGAAAUCCAGUGAAGAAAUGAUCAAAAGUGAGCUGGCAACCUUUGACCUUUCUGUUCAAGGGUCACACAAGAGGAGUUUGAGCCUUGGUGAUAAAGAAAUAAGCCGUUCUUCUCCGUCUCCGGCUUUGGAGCAGCCUUUCAGAGACCGCUCCAACACUCUGAGUGAGAAGCCCGCUCUGCCUGUCAUCCGUGACAAGUACAAAGAUCUGACAGGAGAGGUGGAGGAAAGUGAAAGAUAUGCAUAUGAAUGGCAGAGAUGCCUGGGGAGUGCCCUCGAUGUCAUUAAGAAAGCAAAUGAUACCUUAAAUGGAAUCAGUAGUAGCUCUGUGUGCACAGAAGUAAUUCAGUCAGCUCAAGGCAUGGAGUAUUUAUUAGGAGUUGUUGAAGUGUACAGGGUGACCAAACGUGUGGAGCUGGGGAUAAAAGCCACUGCAGUGUGCAGUGAGAAACUGCAGCAGUUGCUUAAGGACAUCGAUAAAGUAUGGAAUAACCUAAUCGGCUUCAUGUCACUUGCCACACUCACGCCCGAUGAAAAUUCGCUGGAUUUUUCCUCCUGUAUGCUGCGGCCUGGGAUUAAGAAUGCUCAGGAACUUGCUUGUGGGGUGUGCCUGUUAAACGUGGACUCCAGGAGCCGGAAAGAAGAGAAGCCUGCAGAGGAACAUCCUAAAAAAGCAUUCAACUCAGAAACAGACAGUUUCAAGCUGGCAUACGGAGGACACCAGUAUCAUGCCAGCUGUGCCAACUUCUGGAUCAACUGUGUUGAACCAAAACCUCCUGGCCUCAUCCUGCCUGAUUUGCUCUGAAAAGCUCCUCUAUGAAGUACCAGUUGGGUUAUUUCUUUUUCCAUCGCACCUGUGGGUGACAGGGACCGAUGAACAGAAUGCACGUACUGCAAAGUUCACCUCCAUGAACUUAUAUGAAGAAUUGCCCAAGAGGUGGGCAGGAAAAAAGCUGCGUAAGUUCCCGGUCAUUCCUACAGACGACCUCUGCCGCCUGGUUCCCUCGGCCAGUCUUUGAGAUUUGUAGUGAAAUUGUCCUACCCAAACUGCAUGUGGCACCAGAAGUUUGCUAACUGAUCUCUAGUUCUCUUAAGAUGUUAUCAGAUAUGGACCACAAUAAUUUGCUGCUGCAGUAUCGAAACUGUGAAGAGUUGCCAUUUGAAGAAAAAUAAAUUAUUGUUGUAGGACUGGAAUUAGCAAGAAUGUUUUAA